CCUUCAAACUUUGUCAGAAUGUGAAAUUUGUUACUAUUCUAUUCCUAUUCUAUGAUAAACGUAAAGAAUAGCAAAAACUGUGAUAAUAGCCCAGGCCUUGCCCCCUGGUCCUCCUAAUUAUAGACAGGAUCAAUUAAAUGUAUUUCGUUAUCGCCCGCUUAUCUUAAUUCAAUAAAAAAAGGAUAACCUCGACCAGGACCAGGGAAUUAUUCCUACGCUCUUUUUGCAGAUAUGGCAGUAUCUUACAAAAUGUGGACUACAAUAUUACCUGUCCUAAUUAGUGUUGGUGUGGUGAUAACUGGAAUUGUAGUUUAUCGCUUAUUAAAUUCGAAAACACAAGAUGGUACUGCGAAGUCUAAGAAAAAGAAAAUUCUACUUGAGGAUGCCCAAGUCAAAUACAAUAUACCCCUCAUAGAAAAGGAAGAGCUUACACACGAUACCCGAAGAUUCAGAUUCGCUCUGCCUUCUGCAGAACAUGUUUUAGGAUUGCCGAUUGGACAACACAUCAAUAUUAUUGCCAAAAUUGAGGAUGAAUUGGUCAUUCGGUCCUAUACUCCAGUUUCCUCAGAUGAUGAUAAAGGAUAUAUCGACCUAGUUAUCAAAGUUUAUUUCAAAAAUGUUCACCCUCGGUUUCCAGAUGGCGGUAAAAUGACCCAGUACUUGGAAAAUUUGAAAAUUGGUGAUGAUAUUCAAAUAAGAGGACCUUCUGGAAGACUGCAAUAUGUUGGUGAAGGAGAAUUUGUUAUAAAGAAGCUUAGGAAGGAUCCUCCGCAAUCCUUGACAGUAAAUAGCAUUUCUAUGAUAGCAGGAGGAACCGGCAUCACCCCUAUGCUCCAACUUAUUCGUCACAUAAUAAAACAUGAUUCAAAAAAGAUACAAAUGGCUCUUAUAUUUGCCAAUCAAAGUGAGAAGGACAUUUUAGUCAGGAAGGAAUUGGAAGAAGUUGCUGAGUCUCAUCCCGAUCAAUUCAAACUGUGGUACACCCUUGAUAGUGCUCCUGCAGGAUGGAAGUACAGCACCGGAUUCAUUAAUGAAGAAAUGAUCAAGGAUCAUCUUCUUCCCCCUUCAGACAGUUCAGUGGUUCUCAUGUGUGGACCCCCACCCAUGAUCAAUUAUGCUUGCCUACCAAAUCUAGAAAAACUAAACUACAACAAAGAUUUGUGUUUCGCUUACUGAAACAUAUGUAACUUCAUCGUUUCUUGUUAGUUCUUCUGUCCACAUAAGAGUAUUACAUAAUCCAUUAACAGAUUAUUCAUUCUGAGGAUUGUUUGUGAAAUAAUAUAUAAUUGAAAACUCGUGAUUUUCUUUGGAUUCAUGAGUUAAUCUAAUUUUCCAUUUCGAAUUUGUUGAGAAUAAAAUUUUUUAUUUA